CUUUCCCAUGCGGAGCUGCGCAGUGUAUGCUGUUGAUUACAGUUCUUCUGGUCAUAACCCGUGAGAAGCAAGAAAUGACUGUGUCACCCAUCUAAAAUGGAACGUGCAGAAAACACUUUUCAAAGUGGUUUGUGAGAAGUCUCCCCGGGUAGUUUGCUAACCAACUCGAGCUUCUCGUGCACCAAAGUAUGCACAGCGGAUCCUGACGAAAAUCCACAUAAAUAUUUAAAACGGAAAUAAAAGAAUGCAAAGUUGUGGACAGACUGGUCUCCUCAUUUGUGUUGGACUUGAAAAUGGUUACAUGUCGAGGAUUACUUAUGCUUCUGUUCCUUGAAGCCAUCUCUGCGAACUCCUGCCCCCACCAUUGUACAUGCUCUCCACCAGAUCACGAACCACUAAGAGUGGACUGUAGCUUCAGAGAGAUGGUGACACUUCCACUUGUACCCAGUUCUACACAAGAGCUGUACCUCCAGGGCAACAAGCUAAAAACAAUACCUGCAGGAGCAUUUGAUAACCUUCAAAUGCUGAACAUCAUCAAUUUAUCCAGCAAUCCGUGGCAUUGUGACUGUGGAAUUCUGUACUUGAAAAACUGGUUGGAAGACCAAGUGGGAAACAUGCUUGCUAGGGAUGUUAACUGUUUCACUCCUUCUUCACUUCACAAAAAAUCUGUAUCUCAGCUAAAAAGGAGUGAACUUCCUUCUUGUUCCACACCUCAAAGACUUUGCUCAGAUUUCUUGUUCAAUGAUGUGUUCCUAUUCAUUUUGGUCAUUGUUGUCCUUGUGAUUUGCUGUGCCUUGAUUACCCAAAGGAUGAAAUUUGAAGUGAAGAUCUGUGACAACAGCACAAAUAGCCCAGACAGAUUACCUUCAUCUACUUACCAGCUGAAAAGAAUGGGGAGAGCAUCGAACAACUUGUCAUUGGGCGCACCUACUGCGGACUAGACCGCCAAACAAGGGCAAACAAGUUAUUUCUGUUUAUCAUUAAAAGUCAAGUGGUAAACGGAAAAGAAUGGCUGUUGUUGACUUUUCAUCUUAAAGGACAGGAACACAUCAAAAAUAUGCUCACUGAACAAAAACCAUAAUAUGCAACUUUAGGGUCAAGUCUAAAAGACUGUAGCUCCCUGAUUUAAAUCUUGAUAUUUCUGAUUUAUGGUGUGUCAAGGUUCCUCCUUUACCUGGACCCCUUGAUCAGCUCCUUAAAGAUAUCUUAUCUCUUUAAGAGCCCUUUUUCUCAUCCAAUAUAUUUUUACCUUCCCCUCUUAGUAACGUGGGGUUUUGGCCUUAGGCAUGGUGUAAAUGACACUGAUGAACACCAGGCUUUAACAACAAAUAUGACAUAAAGCAAAGACAGAUAAACUUAAGGCAUUUACUCAAAUAGAGCUGUAAGACUUUAAAAGGCAUAAAAGAAAUAAAACGCAGUUUCCUCUAGCCUACCUGCUCUUUCACCUGUAGGCUUUGGCCUAGAGUCCCUUCCAGCCUUCUCCUGGCUGUUCUUCCUCAGAGUCUCUCUCUGUAGUUCUUCCUCUCUCUCCUCCUGAAAAGUUAACUCCACCCCUUUUUAUACCCUCCCCCAGAACUGAAACCAAAUGAUUAGGUAACCUAAAACUGGGGAAAUGAAACUUAACUCUUUUAGGGGGGAAAUGAAACUCAAGGAAUGCCCCCUCCCAUCAGGAGAUUUUUGGGCCUUCAAGCUUAAACUAAACCCAAGCUUGUGUAGGCUUCAAACCUUCACAUGGUGCUUUCAUGCACCUACUGCAAUCUGGGUUGCAACUCAACUAGGAAAUCAAACAUGUAACUGUAGCACAAGGAUAAUGGAUCAGUGCAUUGAACUUGUUGACUCCAACUAAUCAGGGUUGUUUCCUGCUUGUGGUCAGGAUGACCUUGUUAAAAAACCCCAUAAACAAUCCUAGUCAGCCAGAGCCUAAAAGUUGAAUAGGUCCCGCAGUUAGCCAUUGAGGGUGCAAUGGGCAGAGGAUAGGCAGGCAGGCAGCCUUGUCAGCCAUAAAAAGCAUGACUCUCCAGAAAGCUGGCCAGGCCCAAAUGAUUCUUCCUCAGAACCAGCCAUUGUGGGAAAGCUGUCCCAGGAGAUCACCCACAUUAGAACUUCUGAGAGCCUUCCCACCCUCCGGCUUGCUCUGAGGAGUGAACUGCUCUGAAGAGCCCUACUGGACACUGUCCUGGUGCAACAUUUGCCAUAGCAGGAGAGUGGGGCUGGCAGGGCUCUCCAAAGCACCCAUGGCAGAGCUACCUCACUGCAGCAAGGCCGUGGUGGUGGGCCCUCGUGGCAGGGAGAAACAUGCAUGCAAUUCUCUGCCCCCCUGCCCUGCUGCCUCAAACGGGGGAUUUAUCCAGGCCAGAGCAGGAUAUAACACUUUGAAAGUGUUUUGAAAACGGGAUAUGGAAUGUGUCCUGGGCCUGAACAGUUGUCAAAACCAUUAUAAACCAUUAUAAAGCAGUAGUGUAGAUCCUGCCCCUGUCACACAGGAAGGCCAGCCCUGAUUGAGUGGUUGCAGUGUUUUCAUGCUGCAGUAAUUGAUGCUCGGAGAACUUCCCAUUUAGGAUGCUUCCAGAUGGGCCUUUCAGAGUGCCAUUGACCUGCCUCAUUCAGAAUUUCACAGGAGUUCCAGACAUCGUCGUCUUCCACUCAUAGCCAUCUUGUGUUUCUAUCCGCCUUCUCUCUUUUGUCCUACCCCAGAAAAUCUGUUAAGGAAAUAAAGAUUGAAUGCCUUCUAAA